GCAUACUUUGGCACAGUCGCCUGGUCUGGCUGCUUGAGUGUGUCUGAAUCCACUGAAAUUCCUGCAUGUUCGCCCAAGAUUAAGAUGUGGGUCGCGUGUGUCUCUCGCUGGAUGUAAAAAGCAGGACGACGACGAUGAGAGGCUGCCCUCUCGCUAUUGCUUCUGCUCUUCUCCCCAUCAUUCUUCUAUAAACACUGGGAAAGGGGGGGAACGGGUAAGACGCCACAUUCGCGUUUUCUUUUAUUUUUUCAAUCUACACUUAAUCUUUGCCGCUCCUAGGUAACUAUUGAAAUACUUCGGUAGACGGUUUUUCCUUCCCCACAAGUGAUUUUUUCCUCCUCUAUAUUUUUAUUUUUUUUUUAAACUACGCUUUUCGUGUCUGUGAGGAUUAAAGGAGAGAGAAAGAUGCAUUUCCCUUCACCCGCAGUUAUUCUUCUUCGGUUGCAUCUGUGCGUACACUUGGGCUACAUUUUGCAAGUGGCUAGCCAGCAGCCCCGACAGGACCCUCCUCCUCCAGCAGUAUGGAGGCAAAAGAUUCAGUGGGAGAACAACGGGCAGGUGUUCAGUCUUCUGAGUCUGGGCUCUGAGUACCAGCCUCCGCGCCGAAGGGCUCCAGCCGCUAGUUCCUCCGCAGUCUCCUCAGUGUCUUCCUCGCUUCCCCAGACGCCAGUCUUGCUGCUCAGAAAUAAUAAUACUUCACAGCGCUCUCGUCCGCUGCCGUCUGUGGGAGCCCCGGUCCACAACAGCAUGAACAGCAGGCGUCAGCCUGCGGCGCGGCACUGGUUCCAGGCUGGUUAUCAGCCGUCUGGGCAACGGCACCAGGCCGGACCAUCGGCUUCCACCCUCCCUGUUGUCACCUCCACCACCAGCAGCCCUGGGGGCCGUGCUCGGGGCUCCAGUCCUGCCUCCCAGGACCGCAACCGGACCCCUGCGACUAGUCGCCCCACUCUAAGCAAUCUCAGAGCUCCUAGCCGAGUGGAUGGUAUGGUGGGCGAUGACCCCUACAACCCCUACAAGUACUCAGACGACAACCCCUAUUACAAUUACUAUGACACUUACGAAAGACCACGUCCAGGAAGUAGGCACAGACCUGGCUAUGGGACUGGUUACUUCCAGUAUGGUCUCCCAGACCUGGUGCCAGAUCCCUACUACAUUCAGGCGUCCACGUACGUGCAGAGGAUGUCCAUGUACAACUUGAGAUGUGCUGCGGAGGAAAACUGUCUUGCCAGUUCAGCUUACAGGUCCGAUGUCAGAGAUUAUGAUAACCGAGUGCUGCUAAGAUUUCCCCAACGAGUGAAAAAUCAGGGGACAUCAGAUUUUUUACCAAGCAGACCAAGAUAUUCAUGGGAGUGGCACAGCUGUCAUCAACAUUACCACAGUAUGGAUGAAUUCAGCCACUAUGACUUACUUGAUGCCAGUACCCAGAGGAGAGUGGCUGAAGGCCAUAAAGCAAGUUUUUGCCUUGAGGAUACUUCUUGUGAUUAUGGAUACUAUAGACGAUAUGCCUGUACAGCACACACACAAGGACUGAGCCCUGGGUGCUACGAUACCUACAAUGCAGAUAUAGAUUGUCAGUGGAUUGAUAUUACAGAUGUAAAACCCGGAAACUACAUUCUGAAGGUCAGUGUGAAUCCCAGCUAUUUAGUGCCUGAGUCUGAUUACUCAAACAAUGUAGUACGCUGUGACAUCCGAUACACAGGACAUCAUGCAUAUGCCUCUGGUUGUACAAUUUCACCGUACUAAGAGACAAAACAAAAAGUAAAAUAAAAAAAAAAAUGGAUGAACCAGUGCCUGAUGUUUUGAACUGAAAAAAAGAAAAGCAACCUAGAUUAACUUCAGUAGGAUGUAAAUGGGGAAGAGCACAGAAAAUACAAAAGGAAUUAUUAUUUGGACUGCUUAAUAACAAAACAUAACUGGAUUUUAAGAUUGGGAUAAUUUCAUUUAUACUUGUAAUAUAGUUGUGGUGAAUUAUGUAAAGUGUUUCAAAUUCCACAGUUAAGAUUAUUUGCUAUUUCAAAGAAACUUGCCUUGUAUUGCCCUGGGAAUUUGCAGUACAAGCCAGCAAAAUAUUUGUUUCAUUGAACUAUUAGUGAAUGAGCUGAAACUGUUUUGUGCAAAAAAAAUUUUACUGUGCUAAAUUACAACAAAAUAUAAUAGUGACCAAUUUGUAAAUCCUAGCAAAAAUUAAUUUGAAAAUGUUAAUCCUAUCAUUACUCCUACAAAUAAAUAUGGAAAUAUUGGUGCUGAGGAAAGAACACACAUUAUUGAUUUCAAGAAAUAUUAAUAUAUAGCAGAGAAAUGUCAGUAUAUGUAUUAAGAUAGUUACAUUCCUAUAUAAAAUUUUGUUUACAUUUUUAACAGUAGUAGAUAAACCCUUUUCUUUCUUCCAAAUACAUAGCUCAAUUCUGACACAAAUCAGGUUUAGUUUUCAAAUGAAUUAAGAAAUUGAACCACACAAUCCAAAUCUAAUUAUUUUUUAUGAUGCCUUGUUUGUCUCUUUGAUCUUGUCUAUGGCUAGAGAUUAUUCAAAAUUACAUUCUUAAAAUGACAAGUCAGGGGACAAUGUGAAUAGGUUACCAUCCAAGUAAGAUACAAUUCUUGUAAUAUGGGUAAUUUUCAAGCUAAAAAAAGUUUAAAUAAUAUAUUACCAACACUUACCAUCUUCUCAGGUCACAACAAAAAAGUAGAUAGCCCAAAGCAUUACUGCAUAUUGAAAAUCUUUUUUUAUAUGAAUGGAAGACACAUUUUUUUGUCCCCAGUAUAUUUUUUUUAUCUUUCAUACUUGAUAUUUUUUACACAUAAGAAUCACUAGCACAUUUUAUUGUUGAACAGAUUAUUCAUAUCAAUAACAUCACGGAUCCAUUGAAAUAUAUAAAACUACAAUUAAACCAUUUUAAGUAUUAUUCAGGAUAUAUGACUUUAUUAUGUCUAUGUAAUAAUGGAUAACCAAAUUAAGUCAAUAAGGAGCUAAUCAUUAAUUUUUUUUCCUGAAAAGUUUAGCCCAAAUUAGUAUAUGGCAUUAAUUAUUAGCAUAAGAAACCGGACAAAGGAGAAGGAUAUUUUCUGUAAAGUGACAGGCUGUACUGUAUAAUAAGACAGCUGUGAUAUUACUUUUAAACUGUGAAAUAAUUUGUCACAAUAGAAUUUGGAUAGCUUCUGUUUUUCUUGAAAAGCUGAAGAUGCAGUUUAAGUUGUCUACACUUGAAAUAAAACUAUUUUAAAGUUAGUGGUGCUUAAGCAGAAAUUAUCAUAAAUUAAACGACAUUUUAAAAAAAUCUAAAUUCCAACAUGCUUUUAAAUAAUUCCACAAAAUGUCACAUAGAAAAGUGAACUGACAUCUACAUGGCUUAUAAAACCAAAAGGCAUAAUUAUUGAUAUUUACUAAGCAUCUGUUGUGUAUAUAGUUCUAUAAAAGGUCUAUCAUAGGUGAAAACAUAGUUUACAAUAUCUUGUCCUCCAAAUGCAAAUAUUUACCAAUAUUUAGUAGUAUAUAUAUUGUGACACUGAAAUAGUCACAAGCUUUUAAAGAAUCUGUAUCUGGGCUAUGGAAUUAUUUCUUUAAUUGUGAUCUUUUCUAGUAGAAAUGAUCUUAAAACAUUAAUUUUUGAACUACUGUCAGUAUUAUUAUUGAGCCAGACUGGCAUUUAAAGAUACAUAUCUUUAUGUUAAGAGCUUAUUGAUUUAGAGCUGAAAGGAAUCUGUGAGAAUCUAGUUAAUUUCAAUGCAAUAAAUGAACCAUUCUCAUAUAAUUUUAUAGAUAAGGAAAUUGGGACCCAAGAGAUUAGGUGAUUUGUCCAAAGUGAAGAUUUGAAGUAAAGGCCUUUUCUCCAAACACCUCUGCUUCUUCACAUACCUGUCAUUUAAAAACUUUGUUAGUUUUUAGAUACAUAAAAGUCAUAA